AUGACACAUCAUCAAGAAGAUUGGUUAAUCAUUAUAAGGACAGAUCAUGGCAGAGAACCGAUAACAGGCAAAGAACAUGAUGAUCAGACUGAUAGAGAACGAACAACUUGGAUAAUAACAAAUAGUCAAGAAAUGAAUACUUAUUUUCAUGAUUUUCAACCUGCUAUAAUUGAUAUAUAUCCAACAAUUGCAAAAUUGAUUGGUCCUAGCAUUUCAAUUGAAACUUAA